GCGACAAAACGUAGUGUAAGCUCUCAUUAAACCAGCAGCUGAUGCUACACCUUUUCAGCACCGCGGACAGCUCCGUUCUGCAUACCGAGCAGAUGGCGACGGGUAUAAAAAGUCCGCAUGGAGCGAAUCUGCAGACAUUCCCACAGCAGCACACAGCAUGAGUCACAGCAUGGAGAACAGAUUCGACUUUCCGCAGAGAAAAACUCAAUCUGAGUAUUUACAAUAUAAAUCAAAAAACCUGGAAUUCGAUACCGGUGUCAUGAUUAGGGGGACAUCCGCGGGUAUGGAUUUGAGCAGCCCGUUAUCUGGAAAGUUCAACGAGAAAGAAUUGCUGCAUGGCUUGAACGACCGUCUUGCUGGAUUCAUAGAGAAGGUGCACCAGCUGGAGCACCACAAUCACCUGCUGGAGAGUGAAAUCGAGGAGAUCAAAGGGAAAGCAAAACCCGCAUCUUGUUUGGAGCAGGAGUAUGGACCAGAGCUCGGAAAAUUGAGAGAGCUGAUCCAGGACAUUACACACCAGAAGCAUCAGAUUGAAAUAGAACAUCAGAAUUUGGAGGAAGAAUUGUCCAAGUUGAGAAGAAAACAUGAAAAGGAGGCGCGCAGCAGAUCAGACGCAGAGAGCAAUAUUAUGGUCCUGAAGAAGGACAUCAGUGACGCGUAUCAGGCCAAACUACAGCUUGACAAGAAAGCGCAGUCUCUCGUGGAUGAAAUCUACUUUCUGAAGACAAACCAUGAGGCCGAGGUGAAAGUGAUGUUUGACCAAAUCCAAAAUGCGCAGGUGACCGUCAGGGCGCACGAAUUUGGCAGCCCUGGCGUCACUGCGGCACUUCGGGACAUCAGGGCACAACUGGAAGGUCAUGCCGUGUCCGACGUCCAGCAAGCAGGAGAAACUUUCCGAUCUCAGUUUGCAAAAUUAACCGAAGAAGCCGAGACCAAGAGAGAGGCGUUAAAAGCGACCCAGCAAGAGAUUCAGGAGUACAGGAAGCUCCUGCAGGCCAAGAACAUCGAACUGGACUGCGCUAAAGGCACCAGGGAAGCAAUGGAAAAGCAACUUCAUGACGUCCAGGAUCGCCACAAAGAAGAAAUAAUUCAAUACCAGAACACAAUCAAAGAACUUGAAAAUGAGCUCAUAAAUUGCAAAUUUGAUAUGUCUGGUUAUUUGCGGGAGUACCAGGACCUGUUAAAUGUGAAGAUGGCUUUGGAUGUGGAGAUACUGUCUUACAGGAAACUUCUCUGUGGCGAAGAGGCUCGGCUGUCCACAAUGUCGGACACCCAGAUCUCGUUGCCCUACAUCUACCACCAGUCGCCUGUGUAUACCCUCCCUUGCCUCAGUCGGCCUGGAGGCCCACAAAGGCGAGCAGAGCCCCAGUACAAGUUUGUAGAGGAGAUCAUAACGGAGACCACCAGGGAAAUUGAGAUGUCAGAAUUUGAGGAGACAGGAUCAGAGGAGACGGAAAUGGGAAAAGAUGAGCAGGAGUGUACUAAAAGAGAUAGAGGGGGUAGCGAAGAAGAGAAGGAUAAUAAUAAAGAUGGUGGAGAGGACAGAGGUGAGCAGGUGUCUGAUAGUCAGCAGAAUCACGUAGAAUCAGAGGAAAUUGUUGUGAAUGGGGAUGGGGAGAGUCCUGGUGAGGUGGAUGAUGAAGGUGACAAAAGUAAAGAGGAGUCAGAAGAAACAGGAGCAGACAAUGAGGACAAUGGUGUAGAUAAAAAUACUCAAAGCAAGGUCGAGUUAAUUGACAGCCAUAAUACAGAAGAAAAUGAGCAAUAUGAAAAAGUAGCUGAAAACACAAAAGAAGAGAAAGAAGAUGCAGCAAGAGUGCAAACAGUUCAGAAAGAUUUCCCUUCAAAACCAGAGGAUUUAAAACUAGAGGUCCCUGUGGAGGAAAAACUUCUGAAAAAAUCUGAGGAUGAUGAAAAAGACGCUGAGAAGGCUGAUCUAAAAGAUAGUCUGACCCCAGCUCAAGCGAAGAAGCAUGUUGAUAAGACUUCGAUCAAAGAGUCUAAGGAAUCAGACAAAAUUCUAAGCAGCAGUGUUCAAGUGAAAGAUAAGGCUCACACUUUGGCUUCAGAAACAGUUGAGAAAACCACAGAUUUUACAGCAGAGCCAAAGAGCACUUUGACCGCAGAGACUGAGGAUCUUUCAAAAAAUAAGGCUCAAAAAACCUCAAAUAUACUACCAAAGAGUGAGGGAAAGGAACACAGUCAUUCAGAGCCAAAGGAAAACAGUCAAUCUGAACCUCUAAAAGAUCAGGAUAAACUUGCAAAAAGCAUUCAAGAUGCCAGGGAUGAUGGCAGUAAGGGCCAAGAUAAAGAGCCAUUGCUUAAAUCUGAUGUAAAAAGUCUUCCUGAAGUGGGCGAUCAAAAGCCAGACAGUGGUGACAAAAUCCAAACAGUCCAAACUAUGUUGCCAAAGGAAAAGACAACUGUAACUGCAGAAGUCAAAGAGUUACAUCAGAGGGCGACCGAGAGCAGCCAGGUUCAGAAAUCAAAGCAGUUUGAAGGCUCAGAGAACAUAAAUGAUCCCCAAGGUGAAACUGAGAAGUCAGAGAAAUAAGAAGAAAAUAUCAAACAGAAGGAUAUUUGAAGAAGCAAGGAUCAUUUCCACCUCAUAUGACAUAUAUGACAGUUGAGGGACAUAUAUCAAAUAUCAAAUAGUGAAGCUAAACACAGCUUAACAGCUUAACCAUUGCAGCUGAGUUACAGGUUACAUCUGAUCCAAUCAAAGUCAAGUCAUCAGCAGAGCCAAGUGAAGGGAAAGCUCUUCUCUUUAGAAAGACCAUUUCAACAGAAGAGAGCAUGAUUCUUCUAACGUUUGCAACAGCUUUGCCCUUGAACUUUAAAUCUUGUCAUGUAUUCAAAUCUUUUGACUCACUACUUCAACUAUUGCAAUUACGAGAGUAAAAGAUGCAGGGUGAAUUUUGAAUUUGCAUCUAUAUUUAUUUGCUUUGGUAUGUGCUGACAAAUAAACACAAUAUCAAAUGAUUCUGUGAUUCUACAUAUUUUGUUGAUCGCACCUCACACAGUUAUAAUGCGAAUAAAACUUGCUCAUGUUUCUAGCAUGGAUAACUCAACUGAUAUCAAUAUAUAAGUCCACUUACUGCAGUUUUGUGGUUUUAACUUUCUAUCAAAGUCAAUACCAGCAUCUCUUACCCUCAUGACUCUGUAUCCAAAUAACCUCCAUUCAUCAAAUCUUGAGACUAACUGAACUGCUGAUAGUUUGUCUUCUAAAUAAAACAAAUGCUGUACAUCCAUAUCAGAUCACUGAAUCAAUUACAAUAAUAAUAAUUUAACACGAGCCAAAGGUAAUGCUAUUCCACACAAAUCACAAAAGUUUGACAACUGCAUUAAAAGUCAGUACACCAACAUUAUGCAUAAUCUCAGUGGGGGCGGUGGAAUUAUUAUACAUCUUUUUGCCAAAAAUAACUUCUAACACCUGAUCUACAUGUCAGAACAUUGCUUGAUUGGCUUCAAAGCAAGUUUCUGAGAAUUCUUGACAGUCAAAGCCCCGUGAUUCAACCCCAAUUUAAAGACCUAAACAACCUCAGAGUAUCAGUUUUGACAGAACUGGAGAGGAUACGCAAGGAAGGAUGUGAC